ACUCCCCCCUACAAAGACUCGGCCAUAUUGGUGCUUAAAGCUUAAACACGGAAUUGCGAAGGAAAAGUGGUCGCAGGAAAGUGCGUCGAGCGCCGACAAACCGCCCAUGUUUCGCCACUGCACGCUGCCGAAAUGAAGGCGGGCAGUUGAGGAGUGGAUUCGGCAAUUCGGCACAGCGAAGCGCCACUAGCAGGUGAGAAGGAUGCCGCCACCCCCGCCGCCUCCGGGGCCGCCGCCCCCGCCCACGUUCGCGCCACCCAAGCCGGCGGCCGACGACGGCCAGGCGAGGAACAUGCUGCUCACGUCCAUCCGACAGGGCACCACGCUCAAGAAGGCCGUCACGAAUGACAGGAGUGCGCCCACCGUCGGAGUUCCAAAAAAGACAUCACCAACUUCAACUUCUGGAGGCCCUCGAAGCAACGGACCAGCUCCGGAGCAGCCGCGGAACAAUGGAGGUCCAAUGGACAUGUCAAGUCUCUUUGCAGGAGGCAUGCCCAGGUUGAGGUCGACUGGAAGAAAUAUAGGAGUCAGUCCUAGAAGCAAUGAUGACAGUAAUGAUAAUGUUAGGAAUUACAAUGAUAGCAGCCCUGUGAUAAACAGUCAUCAGAAACAAAAGAGUUUAGGGAGCAGGCGAGAGUUGACCCCUGACACGAAAAACAGAGGGCCGCCCCCUCAGCCGCCUCCGUCGAAUAAAAAGCCAACCAUGCAUGUGAGCACUUCUGACACGGCGUUGACGGCGUCAAGCCCGUCGCUGAGCCAGCGGAGCUUUGCUCCGUCGUUACCGAGCAAACCGCCCGUCGGCGGCCACGGCAAGCCAAAUUUCGCACCUAGGCCGCCCGGUCAAUACAAGACGGCACCAAAGCCAUCGCCUCCUCCUAAGUCAACAACCGCCAUGCAUGCUGCCAACGGGGCUCCCUUGUUGCCAGCGCGGCCGCCAAGCGUGACCAGGGCGCACAGCAUGCGGACACCGAGGUCACCGUCUGCCGACAGCAGUCCGUCGCCCGAGCUGGGCGACUACCGCGGCCACCAGCACUUCCAGUCUCAAGAGGGCCUGCACCACUCCUCCAAUGGCCUGGUCAGGGCCAAGUCGGCGGCUCCGCUGCCCCCGGGGAGCGGCCGGAACCCGCCCCCGCCGCCCCCGGCUAAGGCAAAACCACCCUCGGCAAAACCGCCCCCGCCGCCUGUCAACGUGCGGGUCACCCCUCCUGUGCUUCCACCCCCUCCGCCCCCAACGGCGGCCCCUCCGCCCCCUAGCUCAGCGCCGCCCCCGCCUGCUACAGCCCCUCCUUUGCCCCCUCAUCGACUCACUGCUGCCAGUCAGCAGAAGAGCCAACCUCCGCCGCCUCCUUUGAGCGUGCCCCCGCCACCUCCAGUCAGAAAUUCUUCCAUGAGAAACGGAGGCACCCCGGCCAAUGGCGAGUUGGAGACGAGGUUCAUGCACAUGUUCCAUAGAGUGCAUGAAUUCCCAGCCCCAGAAAAGUUCCUCAACGUGCCCAAAGUGUAUAACAGCAGGAAUGAUUCGCCUUCGUCGUCUCGUGGCUCUUCACGGCGAUCAGAAUACGCCUGGGAGAACUCAUUGCAAUUUGCAUCCAAGCAACAGGCACCUCAGCCGCCAAACAUGCACGUUCAAUUGAGCAACAAGAUGUGGGCGAAUGACACCUCGACGUGCUAACCCGCAGACUGAAAAACCACAAGCUCGUCGAUCGGGCUUCCCGAUUCCAUAUCCAGGUGGCGAAGACACGGACAAAUUGAAAAAACUUUGAUUCUGCCACCACGUGCAAUGAGUUGUUUCUCUCGUUUGCAAAGUUUACCCAACAUUUACAACUCAGUUUAUUAUAAUUUAUUCAUCAGCAGUAUUUACACGCGCCUUAAUGCAUUACUCUUAAUAUUUGUUAUCUACCUAUUCACUUUGUGUUUACUUUUGCGAGACAGGUUCAUCCCUUAAAAAAAUUAGCGCAGGGCUGCACCAAUCUUUGCUCUUUACUUAUUGAACUGAAAACGAGGAAAUUUAUAUACAUUAUUUCAUCGGAACUGAUUUGAAUUAUAGUUUUGUGCAAUUUUGCUCGGAAUUGAAUCGAAUUUUGAUAGUUUACUUAAUUGCUCACCUCGACUGCAUAAAAAAAAGAAGUGCAGCCCAGCGUUCACCGAAAACAAAAAAGUCGAACUGACUGAUUGCUUUCUUUUUGUUGUUUUUGGAAUCCGAAUGUGAAGUACAAAUUUUCUAUCUAGAAUUUGCAAUAAUUAAUCUGUUUCAAUUGGAGGGACGGCGCCGCUCCUUUGAGGAGACGGUUGCGUUGCCUGCGAAACGAAUGAGGAGGAAGCCCGCGUGAGUGCCCAUUCUUAUUUGGUCACGCUAGUCCUUAACUGGUAAUCUUAAUUUAAUUACUUUUCAAAAAGUGAAUGGCGCCCACAAACACACAAACCACGCUCCAUUGCUAGUGCCUAAGUGUAAAUAAAUCUAAUUGCUAUUCUGUACAUACUGAAAUAAGACCUGUUAUGAGAAAGAAAAAGUAUUCCAGUGUAAUAUGUAACAAUUAUUUUUAUUCUAAUUAUAGCCAUCUCCUGUUGAAACCGUGCCAUUUUUCUUUCAGUCUCUAAACCCAAACCAAUCAAUCAGCGCCUACAGAAAUAAAUCAUAGGUGGUUAUUUUCUGGUAGAGAUUCAAUUUCUAGUUUUGAGGUUUUUUGUUUUGUUUCAAUUUUUACUUAUAAAAAAAAAUAUAAAACCAGAAAAGUGUCCCGAUCUUUUAUCUUAAUUUGUCUACAUUGAAAAUGUGUAUAUAUCUUUUCACCAAAUGACAAGCACCAAUUUUUCUCUUA